CCUACAGCAGUUGAAGAAAAAAACGCGGAGAAACAGCCAUGGCCAAACAUCUGGAGUUCUGAGGUAUGGGAAGAAAAGAAACAACUUUACACUUUCCUUGACUGUGCGGAUGGUAAUCUGGGCUGUCGUGUUUGUAGACGUGUUUCUGCGCUGUCAGUUUUGAAAAGUCAGGGUGUUUCUCUGUCUUCUGAGUGGAAAAAUUACAGUGUUGGGUACAAUGGAAAAACUCGAGAGCAACAGCUACGAUCUUUGAGAAAAAAGAUAGCUGAACACAAGAAAUCCAGCGCUCAUAACAAGGCCACUGCAUUGUUACAGCAGAACACAGAGGACAUUAUUGGGAAAUGUGUUGACAGUGCAAAAAGGCGAGAUCACGAAACUACCUGUAAAAUAUUUUCUACUGCUUACUACCUUGCAAAACAAAAUCGACCCUAUUCUGAUCACCAGGCCUUACUGGAACUGCAAGAAAUACAUGGUGUUAAUGUGGGAACUGGUCUUCAUUCCAGAUACAGCGCCACUCAAAUUAUCAACCACGUUUCUGAUGAAAUGGUCAAAAAGGCCUGUGAGAGAAUAAUACACAUCGAUGGAAAAAUUGCUGUGUUAAUUGAUGAAUCAACAGCUCUGAAUGGUUCCCCAGCACUUAUUGUGCAUCUCAAAUGCGAGACAGACAAGACACGUGACCCUCACUUCAUGUUUUUGGAGUUAGUUGAACUUUUUGAUCAGUCAGCUGAGUCCAUAGUGUUAGCGCUUACUAAGUGUCUUCAAAAACACGGGUUUGACCAUGCAUGCUUACAGAAGAAUCUUGUUGCAUUUGCAAGUGACGGUGCAAGUGUAAUGCUUGGGAAAAAAUCUGGUGUGGCAAAACGAAUUUCAGACAUGUACCCCAACAUUGUUGUCUGGCACUGUCUAAAUCACAGACUCGAACUUGCAGUUGCCGAUAGUGUUUCUGAGACUACUGGCAUGAACCAUUUUCAUUCUUUCAUGGACAAGCUAUACUCAGUCUACAGUAGAUCAGCACUAAAUCAGCAAGAACUCCGAAAUUGUGCGAAGGAACUGGAUGCUGUCUUGAGGAAAAUUGGUCGUGUACUGGAUGUGAGAUGGGUUUCCAGUUCGUUCAGGACUGUCUCCGCUGUGUGGGAAAGUUUUGAAGUUCUGUCGACUCAUUUUAAAGCUGCCGUAAGCUCUAAGCGGACUUCUGCUGAAAGAGCGACAUACAGCGGUCUACUGAAAAGGCUGUGCUCGCCAGAAUUUCUCAUUGACCUCGGAGUUAUGUACGAUGCCUUAUACGAACUUUCACUGCUGUCAGAGAUUCUCCAGAAACGGACUACUACAUUGGUUUAUGCAGAUAAAAUGGCACGUAGAACAGUAAGGAUUUUUGAAUCCAUGAAUGAGAAUGUAGGUACAAAGACUCUUGAAGCGCAGAUAGCUGCCAUGGAAGGAACAUUUAAAUCUACAGUGCUGACGUCGAAUCCCAAACAUGUAAAAAUAAAUCAUAAACAAUUCCUUACCAAACUCGCCAAUCAUAUGAAAGAACGACUUUUUACAACCACUGCAUCAAAUGAGAAGGCUUCUUCCGAGGUGAAUUGCCAAAAAUAUGAAAGUCUUCUUUCUGAGCUCUUGGUCCUGGAUCCACACCACUGGCCUGCAGAACUACCCCAGGGUUAUGGCGAAAAUGAAGUUGAAAGAUUGUGUCGGCGCUUUCAGCUAAAUGAACGUAUUAUCAAAAAUGCAUUUCGAGAUUUUAAGGAGAACAACGGAAGAAUUCCAGAUGAUUUAGCUCCACUUAUUAACUGCACACGUGUGAUCCCGUGCAGUACUGCUGAAUGUGAAAGGGGAUUCAGCCAAAUGAACUUAAUUAUAACUGAUCAGCGUUCCAAAAUUUUAAUCAAACAUGCUUCAGCCUUAAUGUUUAUCAAGCUUCAUGGACCCCCUUUGAGACAGUGGAAUCCAAGCCCUUAGUGACCACUUGGUUGCGACACAAUCAUCGAUCCACAGAUGACAGCCGUACACGGGUGGCAGGUCCAAUUUCCAGCGACUCCCCUGACGCUCUGUGGCAGUUCCUAUAGUUGACUAAAAACAACCUGUGAUUGGUAAGUGCAACUUUUAAUUUUCUAUAGAGAGGGGAGAUUUUACAGAAAUUUGUUAAGUAAAAUAUGUGUUAUAUUAUUAUUAAAAAAACCCCGAUUAAAUCGCGUUAAAUGGAAAGUGGGCGUAACUGUUAAUACCUCGUUAACUAUUUAAUUGAUUCUCAUUGGGACCGCUCCGCUACUUUUUUUUUUACCACUAC